AUGUCGUCGAAAACGAUACACAACGAGCACAUUAAAAGGCCGAUGAACGCGUUCAUGGUAUGGUCCCGUGGACAACGACGUAAAAUGGCACAGGAAAAUCCAAAAAUGCACAAUUCGGAAAUUUCUAAACGACUUGGUGCAGAAUGGAAGCUACUAAGCGAAAGUGACAAACGACCCUUCAUUGACGAGGCUAAAAGAUUAAGAGCUCUUCAUAUGAAGGAACAUCCAGACUACAAAUACCGACCACGACGGAAACCGAAAAAUUUAGUGAAGAAAGAAAACAAAUUUGGUUUUUCGAUAUCACCGUUGAUGUCACCUGCCGAUACUCUUGGCAAUAUAUCACGUGGUUUAUUACCACCAUUGGCACCACCUUCCCAUCAUCAUCCUUUGAUAGGUCACGACGAUUUGAAGAUACCACGUUUCUUUCCACCGUUUCCUUAUCACCUAUAUCCGAUUCAACACAAGUUAGGUGACGAAUUGAACGGUGGUAAAUUGGCUGCGGAUUUGGCAUUCCAAGCUUUAUACGGUAGUGGAACGUUUUAUUCGAGUCACCAAGCGGUAUCCUGGCCAGGAUUACCAACUACUACGUGUCUCCAAGCUAAUUGUGGUUGUCCUAGUAGUCAAUCGAAGGAUCCUAAAAGGACUUAUUUGCCAUCGAAGUUGGAUGAGAGACCCUUUUCCAGUCCUGGUAAACACGAGGACGAAACUUUUCCGAUAGAACGAGACGUACCUCCUACCAUAGAUGAAUCUCGUUAUAGAAAGCUUGAGGACGAAGGAUUAAGUUCUUCGACGUUGGAAAGGCAUCAAGAGGAAAGAUCGAGAGAUCGUUUCUCUUCAUCUUCAUCCUCAUCCCCAACCGAUCGACCGGAAAGAGUAUCAAGUACAACAUCCGCAACUACAACCAGUACUGUGACAAAAGUUGAAAGCGUAUUUUCCGUACAAAAUUUAACAUCACCAAGCACGAAUUUGUCGUCUCAUCGAAGUCACGUCAUAUGAAGGCCGCUGCCGGUUCUCCCGGAUUUAAAUUUCCGGGGGAACCUUCUGCCAACCGGUUGGCCAACGACAAC